CAUCAACAUCCCAAGUUUCUCAACCAUCUCUCAGCCCAAAAUAUCAAAUCUCCAAAACCCUAAUCAAUCGCAGCAAUGGCACGAACCAAGCAGACAGCUCGCAAAUCUACCGGCGGCAAGGCCCCGAGAAAGCAGCUGGCCACCAAGGCCGCUAGGAAAUCGGCCCCUGCCACCGGAGGAGUGAAGAAGCCCCACCGUUUCCGCCCGGGAACUGUCGCUCUUCGAGAGAUCCGCAAGUACCAGAAGAGCACUGAGCUGUUGAUCCGGAAGUUGCCGUUCCAGAGGUUGGUGAGGGAGAUUGCUCAGGAUUUCAAGACUGAUCUUCGCUUCCAAAGCAGCGCCGUUGCAGCUUUGCAGGAGGCUGCGGAGGCGUACCUCGUUGGGCUGUUUGAAGAUACAAAUCUGUGUGCGAUUCACGCCAAGAGGGUUACGAUUAUGCCCAAGGACAUUCAGCUUGCAAGAAGGAUUAGAGGUGAAAGGGCUUAAUUUUAUCGCCAGUAUGCAAAUUUAUAGAUCGGAGGAUUCAUCUGUAGUAUUACUUCUUCCAUGGUGGUUGCCCCUUGUUUAGACAUUUCUUAGAUUUCGAUUAGUAGACACUUGUUUCGGUUUCAAGAAAUCAAUGGAGUGUUAGAUGCGCAAAUAGAAUUUGGUUUUGUUGCAGUAUCAAUGUUUCUUUGUUUGCUUGAUGAACCUCAAAUCAAAUAUAUUACUGCAUAUUUUGUUA